GUUUUAAUUGUGUAUAGUUUUGGUAAGAUUCCAAUUUUAAAUAUUGCUUGGCAAGUAGGUACUCACAGAAAUGGCUUUUUGUGGUGAAACUGUUUUACCCGGAGAAAGCACCAUCAUUGCUGGUAGCAAUUGCUCCACAGCAACUUGUUCGUUGGGUUCUGAUGUGCCCAGUCCUCCAAAAUUGGCUUGGGGAGGAGCAGGAAUGGUUCCCAUACAAGCUUCUUCAAGCAAGGAAAACCCAUCAAGCUGGGCUCCUACUGAGAAAUCCAAGUCCAGAGCAACUUUCAGUUUCAUCCAGUCAGAAGACUUGGCUGAGAAGCUUGAGUUGGAGGAAACAGAGAAAUUAAUGAGAAAUCAAGCCAUUCAUUACUACAAGUUGACAUCAGGAGUUCAGCCUGAAGCAGGGAUUUCAUCCAGCGGUUGCACCAGCAACUCUUUGUCAACAUCACCCAACACUUUGCUAUCAUCCCAUGAUACAUCUGCAUCAGUAAUUGUUCCAUCAGCUUGUGCAGUGGAUGGUGAUUCAACUGCAAAUGACCACAUGCUAGCACAAAUGUUACAGUAUGAGUUUGACCUGGAGCAUGACAUGAACAUAGAGCGCACUCAACGUCAUGCAAACAAAAAUUCUAAGCUGAGCAUCAGUUACAACAAGUAUAAGCUCCUACCUUCAUUUGCUUCUGAGAACAUUGAUAACUUCCGCAAAGAAGAUGACCCCAUUGAUGAAAUUGAAGUGGGUGAACUCGAGGAGCCUGUGAUCCCGAGCUGUGGCUAUGUAGAGCACUACGGCAAGCUCAUCACGAAGCAUGACAGUGUCAUCAACUCUCGUAAGAAUGCCAAGAAGAUGCUCAGCCAUCUCCCUCUUGACGUCAACACAGGCGAUGCUGGGGGCUUUGCUAUCAGCAUGUCCAACAAGGUUUACAACCAACUCAGGGAAAGCCUUCAUGCAGACACUCGUAGAAAGCAACGGGUGCAUGACAAGGCCGAGAAGGGCACUGUGGGAGCGCACAUGGACGAAGGGACGAGCGUAACGUUGCUCGCUCUGGUUAACUCCGAGCAGCUGGAGGAGCUCGGUGGCGUCAUCAGUUCUGGCAAAGAAGCCAUCGUCUACCAUGCCAUCGGCGGACGGCGGAAAUCAGACAUUCCUUCAUCAGCGUGUCAUUCUGUGAAAAACAUCAAGCUGUGGGUGGAGAAGGAAUACCGCAACUUGUGUCGCGCCUCCACAGCAGGAGUGCCGUGCCCCGUGCCUAUCGUGGUGCGCCACAACCUCCUCGUCAUGAGCCUCAUUGGUGACCCUGACCUGCCCGCUCCUCAGCUGCGCAAUGUUCAGCUCUCAGCAGCCAACUGGCAACUUGCCUACGAGCAAACUAUCCAGAUAGUGGAGGUGCUGGUGAACAAGUGUCGCCUGGUGCACGCCGACCUGAGCGAGUACAAUUUGCUGUACUACCAAGGCACGGUCUACGUCAUCGACUUCGCGCAGGCUGUGGACCUCGCACACCCCCGAGCUCUGAGUUACCUUUACAGGGACCUCUGCAACGUCGCUAACUUCUUCCGACGCCGCGGCGUGGCAGGCGUGCAGACUGGCCUCGAGCUGCUCGAGUCCAUCACCAAACUGGACAUCCGCCGCAGCGCCUUCAUGACCAACACUGAACAAGUCUCAGCUCGGGAGCACGAGCUGGACAUGUGGCGCGGCAGCGACUGCUAUGACGACGCCGUCUACGAGUUCCUCUGGAGCGCCUCGCAGCAGCGGCUCAACCCCAAGAACCACGAUGAACCAGGUUCAAGUCUUCCCGAAAAUCUCCUGAACCUGAAACUCGAGCAGACUGGAACCGACCUUCAGGGGCCUUGGGUCACCCGCAAGACGGACGCUUCGGUCAUCGGGAUGAAGUCCCAGAAGAAAAAGAAGCGCAAUCGCAAGAAUUCCAGUUCAAAAGGCGCUGAUAAAUCUCCAGGAGCCGAGGAAUCUAGUCCUCGAUCUCUCGAUGACGAAGACAGCAGCGGAUUUUGUGUCAUCGACAGCUCUGACUGCACUGAAGGAGCCUCGUCGAAAUCAUCUGCUCAGAAAAACGAUGAUCAGCUGCGUGGCCAUCAGCGAGUUCGGUUUAACGUCAGCGACACUGACGCUGUUGACACUGAGGACUACAACGCAGACGCGGACACUGAUGAUUUUGAUCCCGAUACAGACACUGAUGUUAACGUCACUGAUCACGACGGAGAUACUGAAGGAUACUGUGGAGAUGCUGACGAUACUGAUAACUACGCGAGCGAUCUCAAUGAUUUUAAGAUGGUUCAUUCCGUCAAUUCCAAGGCAAAAAAUGUCUCCGACAAAGAUGAUUCUUCCGAUCAGCAACAAGCUUCUCUCCCGUCCAAGUCCAGCCUUCUUGAUAAACGAAAUAUAAAGAAGAAGAAUAAAAAAGCCAAGGGAAAGUCCGGUAAUAAUUAAAGUCGUCAUUUUUGCUGACAGUUGACGCUUUAAUUUAAAGUUCGCUCUUCCCUAGGAAUAGCUUUAUUUCUCUUGCAGCGCGUCGGUUACGUGUGUGUAAAGAGGAAUUGAGCGGCUGCUUUUGUUAUCUCCUUUGUUUCUGUGCCGUUGCACCUUAUUUGAUGAUGUAGUAACUAAUUUAUUUUUGACUCAUCAGCCAUGUUGUGGUUGUGGGAAUAGGGGAAUAUUUUGCCACGUUUUUUGAUGCAAUUUUUGUUUUAAAUCCAGCCGUUUCCGUCAUUUGAUGCCUGGUACUGCACGCACGACCUUCAAGACGCACUGUUACCAAUGCAUUCAAAUACACAAGUUUUUCAGGCCGCAUAUUUUUUGGCCCCAUUUAAAAAAAUCUUCAUUUUCACGCAUUUAUGAAAUAGUUUCUAUAGUCUCCUCGGGAUAAUAAUGAAUGAUAAUUCUACACGUAAGAUUGGCACCACGAGAAAAUGAGCUUGGCGUUUAAAAGUGGCAUAUAAUUCAAUUCUUGUGAUGCAAUAUUUCAACUGUCAAAUGAGUGACAUUUUUCGCCGCGCAUUGAAAUACAACUUGGCUGCUUCUUUAAUGCCAUUCAUGCCAUGCUACCGCAACGUUCGGCCAGCACCCGCUUCAGUUUUGAAUUACAUUUAUUUCUUCAAUCUGUGAAUUAUGAGUUAUGUUCAUUGACGAAAUAGAGCGUGCUGUUUAUUUAUAUUAAUAUUCAGUUAAUUUACUGAUAAGUAACUAAUACUCAUCAUUUCAUUAAAAUACUUUACCUCGAAACCUAUGAUCGAUUACACCCGUGUUUACCGAAUAUCGAUUUAAAAAUUUUUUUUCUUUAUCUCAAAUACUCAUCGUGCGUGUCGAUUCAUUUUUACUUCACUAUAUCUUUUAUUUUUGGAAGACAUUAACGAUAAUAAUUGUAUUGUUACGCCAAUGUGAAUUUUGACUCAGACACUGCGACUAUUUUCCGUAUUUCGGAAACUUUUCAUAACGCAUCUUUCUUCUGCAAAAAUAUAUUAAUUUCUUAUC